GCGUGAUCAACAUGUCGUCCUUCAUCCGCUUCGUUGCGGCACUAUGCCUGGCCGUGCUCUUCGCCGGUAGGGCGAAUGCGAAGGUCCAGGGUGUUUUUGCCCAUUACAUGGUAAGACAUCCCACUAUACUCCGACUAUCUAAGUAACAGACAGUCUAACCUCACCAGGUCGGCGGCAUGGGUACCAUCGAUCAAGCCCUCACCGACGUCAAGGAAGCACAAUCCCUCGGCCUCGACGCCUUCGCGCUCAACGUCCAGCAGCCCGACGAGUGGUGGACACGCGCCUCGCUCGACUUCCUCUUCGAGGCCUCCUCCCAAACCAACUUCAAGCUCUUCUUCUCCAUGGACAUGGCCGUGAUCCCCUCCCCUUCCGACUGCGCCCCGGUCCUCAAAAAAUACAUCACCCACCCGGCCUACUACCACGUCAACAACCGCCCCUUCCUCAGCACCUUCCGCGGCGGCGCCCAAUCCAACGCCAACCAACAAUGGAACUCCGUCUUCGAAUCCCUCCCCGCCGGCGCCAAGAACCCCUUCUUCGUCCCCAACUUCGAAGACCACUCCUCCGUCUCCUCCGACGGCGUCUACCCCGACUCCAUCUUCGCCACCUUCCCCAGCCUGGACGGCGUCAUGUCCUGGGAGACCGCCUGGCCGCGCUCGGGCGAGUCCGCCUCGGCCAUCAACGGCACGCUCGACAUCGACGCCACCAACCUGGCCAUGACGCGCGACGCGAUAAAGGCAUACAUGCUGCCGCUGUCGACGUUCCAGGCGAAGCACCACCCGGAGCAUGGGAACUGGUUCCGCAUCGGCGGGCUGAACCUGCCGCGGCGGCUGAUCGGGGCGCUGGAUAUGCAGCCGGAGUUUGUGGAGCUGCUGACGUGGAAUGAUGCCGGGGAGGGGCAUUAUUUUGGGAAUUUGUGGCCCGAGUCGAUGCCGGAUCCGGUUAUGGCUGAGAUGGUGCAGGGGUGGGGCCAUAAGGCGUGGAUGGUGGUGCUGAGACCGUUUGUGGCGGCGCUGAAGGGGGGUGCUGGUGGUGCUGCGGGGGUUUUGCCGGAGGGGCGGUUUGAGGGCGCGUUUUGGUAUCGGCCUUUGUUGAAGGGGGCGGAGUGCUGGGGGGAUAAGUUGGGAUUGGGGACGCCGGGAGGUUUGGAGGCGGCGGAUGAUGCGGUGAAUGUGGUGGUUAUGUUGGGAAAGGAGAGCGAGGGGGUGAAGAUUAGGGUUCUGAGUGGGGGGAGUGUGGUGGAUGAGUUUGAUGGGAAGGUGGGGAUGAACAUGCACCAGGUUGAUGUGAAGAAGGGGGAGCAGGUGGUGCAGUUGGUGGCAGGGGACGGGAAGGUUAUUGCGGAGGGUCGAGGGAAGAAGUCAGUCACGGAUCAGAUGCAGGAUGUUGGGGGUAUCUGCAACUUCAACUACCAGGUUGUCAAAAUCGAGUAA